CUGUCACGAGAGGUUCUCCUCAGUCACUCCCCCUGUAAGUUUCAAGAAUGAAGGGGGCAUUGGUGUUCCUCGCAUUCCUCGGUCUUCAUCUGACAACUGCCCAGGAACCAGGGAGAUGCAUUGUACCAUCUCAAUUCCAGGCUAGGGUUGCCCAAUUAAACUAUGCAGAGGACAGAAUUAACAGGUUUAUGUUCGUCUACGAUGCCGUCAACAAACGGGAGGCGAUCUUUGAAGAGCUGAGCGAGUUUACCCCUGGAAGAAGGUUCUAUGAGUACCUUAUUCUUGACAAAGAAAGAGUUGAAUAUAAAAUAGAUCUAAGAACUAGGAACUGCACAAAAGCCCCAGCCAGGGCCUGGAGGGAUAUAGGCAUCCCCCCGAAUGCCACCUUCGUGAACGAGUACAAUAUAGGUGGACCAGGAGAGAGUAUAACGCUACAGGAAUGGUCGGAUGCUGUCCCUUUACGACACAAUGCCCGUCUCUAUAUGUCGUUUACACUUAAUAACUGCAUCAUUGUAAACGAAGAUAUCCUGGGAGGCGGCGCCAAUAUAACGGAUUCCGUUUCCAACAGAUUCUUUGACUUUGUGGAAGGUAUCGAGAAUCCGAACGUCUUUGUCGUCCCACCGUCAUGUCAACAGACAAAGUAUCGGCAGGCGGAGCCAUUCACUCUAUGGCCUUGAGGAGCUGAAUUGAAGAUGGUCCUGAUAAAUAGUAAUAGAACGACUCAGUAGUUUUAGAAUCAUAAGAAAGUUUUAGAUAAUUAGAGUUUAAGGUCGCGGAGACCAAUAGAAUUCAAGUAAUAAAAGAAUUACAUAUCAGAGAUUAUGAUGUAGUUAUUAUAUGAAUUUUGAAUUAUUCUUGUGAAAACAAUUUCAUUAAGAAUACACUCGUGUUUAAAAGGGUAAAUGUUUGUAUAUAUAUAUAUAUAAAUAUAUUUAUCAAGUCUAUAUUCAACUAUUUAUAUAUGUGAUGCUAUACAUGUAAUGGGAAGCAUCAGACUGGACUGGGUUUAGUGCAAUAUAAAAAUUUCCUAUGGGAGUGUGGGGAAGCUCAUUCAAGCUAACUUACAUGUGAUAUGUGCGUGGGGUGCCAAAGGUGUGUGUGUGUUUUUUAAAUAUAUGUAUGGUCUGUAUGUGAGGGUAAUUUGUCUCAAUCUUGUAUGUAUUGUUGUUUGAUCAGAGUAAGUAGGUAUGAGAGAUUGGGGGUUGACUCCUCCAAAAAACUUCAUAUUCCCUGUCUUCAGUUGUACCUGCAAAUACUCA